GGCUGGCGGUAGGUUAGAAAAUCCCAUCCGCACCGCACCACCAGCCGUAGGAUUGUUUUGAAAACAGCGCGCACCACAAAAUGCCACCGAAAAAGGACGCAAAGGGCGGUGGAAAAGCUGCCCCGGCUAAGGGCGGUUCCGGUGGCAAGAAAGGUGGCGGUGGUGCUGCUGAAGAAGGAGCAGCAAAGGAGAAAAAAGGAGGAUCGGCAGUGAAAGUAAGACACAUUCUAUGCGAAAAACAAGGCAAAAUAAUGGAAGCACUGGAGAAGCUAAAGGAGGGACAGGCAUUCAACGUGGUGGCGACCAACUACAGCGAAGACAAGGCACGCCAGGGAGGUGAUCUUGGCUGGCAGAUUCGUGGUGCCAUGGUGGGACCGUUCCAGGAUGCAGCGUUUGCACUUCCCAUUUCCACAACUAACGCGCCCAAGUACACGGACCCGCCCAUUAAAACAAAGUUCGGAUACCAUAUCAUAAUGGUAGAAGGCAAGAAAUAGGAUAAAUAAAUGCUUUCUAUAUU